UGAACUCUCCACACUGCUCGAAUGGACUUCCUGGCGAGCGGUGGACCCGCACACGCGCGCACACACGCCCAUCAGGCGGGCGCAUAAAUGAGGCGGGCGGGCACGAGGGUGUCACACGCCGCCGUGUGCACGGAGAGAAAGUUGACCAUGUCUCCGCGCAGAAGCCUCUUCACGCCUUUCAUCGCGGAACUGCACGCGGCCCAUCGCCCGAGCGACGUGCGCGCCGGGACCCGGGACGAGCCUGGCCCUCCCGCCUGGGUUCCUUGCUCCAUCGCGCAGCUUCGCCUCGGCCCCGAGGCAGGCGCGCUCCUCCGAGUGGCGGCGCCGCCGGACGCGCGCGCCGCGGAGCGCGCCCAGAGGCGGAGGCGCCUGGCCGCCAACGCCCGCGAGAGGCGGCGCAUGCUCGGCCUCAACGUGGCCUUCGACCGGCUGCGCAGCGUCAUCCCGCAGCUGCAAAGCGACAAGAAGUUGUCCAAGUCGGAGACGCUGCAGAUGGCGCAGAUCUACAUCGCCACGCUCAGCGAGUUGCUGCACGGCGCGUCGGAGGAGGAGGAGGAGGAGGAGGGCGACGGGGAUGCUGCGCCUCCCCUGGAAAAGGGACCCAGGCGAGCGGUCACCAAGUUCUGUGAGGACCACACACACAACACGCCGCCCAGACUGAAGUGACCUUUGGACUUCUCUUCCUGCUGCUGUUUUUCUUCCGUCAAUUUUGGGGAGUUCGGUUUGUUCCUUGGUCAUCACGUCGCCCAGAUGCUAAAACGGACGAGCAUUGACGCUCAUCAACGUGCCUCGAGUAUUUCUUGCAAUUACUGGCUUUUUCUUUUUUUUUUCAUCGAAAUGCGUUCAUCCAUACGGUAAUUGGCUCAUUGAUUUGUGAGAAACAUUUUUUUAAAAAGUGAGUGGUGUUUUGAAAUAUGAAAAUAAUGCAAAUAAAUGAUUAGUUUAGUAAUU